AGAACACGAGGGGAUGGUGAUAAGAAAUGACCUUGCGGACGGGGCUGCAUCAUGCAGGGCUCCUGAGCCAUUUCACGGGCUUCAGCUUCAACUUUGGAGCAGCAGUGAGCUACUGAGCUCUGUCCGGGAGGCCCAGUUACAGCGGCUGGAGGCUGUGGGCCAGGGAGCAGGGAGCGAGGCCCAGUGCUCAGGAUGGCCAGGCAGCAGCCACCGCCCUGGGUCCACACAGCCUUCCUCUUCUGCCUGCUCAGCCUCAGCGGGGCCAUCGAGAUUCCCAUGGAUCUGUCCCAGCCCCCAACCAUCACCAAGCAGUCAGUGAAGGAGCACAUCGUGGAUCCCCGCGAUAACAUCUUGAUUGAGUGCGAAGCAAAAGGGAACCCUGCCCCCAGCUUCCACUGGACUCGCAACAGUAGGUUCUUCAACAUCGCCAAGGACCCCCGGGUGUCGAUGAGGAGGAGGUCUGGUACCCUGGUGAUCGACUUCCGCAGUGGCGGGCGGCCAGAGGAGUAUGAGGGGGAAUACCAGUGCUUUGCCCGCAACAAGUUUGGCACGGCCCUGUCCAAUAGGAUCCGCCUGCAGGUGUCCAAAUCUCCUCUGUGGCCCAAGGAAAACCUAGACCCUGUCGUUGUUCAAGAAGGUGCUCCCUUGACGCUCCAGUGCAACCCCCCACCUGGACUUCCGUCCCCAGUCAUCUUCUGGAUGAGCAGCUCCAUGGAGCCCAUCACCCAAGACAAGCGUGUCUCCCAGGGCCAUAACGGAGACCUGUAUUUCUCUAAUGUGAUGCUGCAGGACAUGCAGACGGACUACAGCUGCAAUGCCCGCUUCCACUUCACCCACACCAUCCAGCAGAAGAACCCAUUCAACCUCAAAGUCCUUACCAACCACCCCUAUAAUGACUCGUCCUUAAGAAACCACCCUGACAUGUACAGUGCCCGAGGAGUUGCAGAAAGAACACCCAGCUUCAUGUAUCCCCAGGGCACUGCAAGCAGUCAGAUGGUGCUGCGUGGCAUGGACCUCCUGCUGGAGUGCAUCGCCUCCGGGGUCCCAACACCAGACAUCGCAUGGUACAAGAAAGGUGGGGACCUCCCGUCUGACAAAGCCAAGUUUGAGAACUUUAACAAGGCCCUGCGUAUCACCAACGUGUCCGAGGAAGACUCCGGGGAGUAUUUCUGCCUGGCCUCCAACAAGAUGGGCAGCAUCCGGCACACGAUCUCGGUGAGAGUAAAGGCUGCUCCCUACUGGCUGGACGAACCCAAGAACCUUAUCCUGGCUCCUGGCGAGGACGGGAGACUGGUGUGUCGAGCCAACGGGAACCCCAAGCCCACCGUCCAGUGGAUGGUGAAUGGGGAACCUUUGCAAUCGGCACCACCCAACCCAAACCGUGAGGUGGCCGGGGACACCAUCAUCUUCCGGGACACCCAGAUCAGCAGCAGGGCCGUGUACCAGUGCAACACCUCCAACGAGCACGGCUACCUGCUGGCCAACGCCUUCGUCAGCGUGCUGGACGUGCCGCCUCGGAUGCUGUCACCCCGGAACCAGCUCAUCAGGGUGAUCCUGUACAACCGGACGCGGCUGGACUGCCCGUUCUUUGGGUCUCCCAUCCCCACACUCCGAUGGUUUAAGAAUGGGCAAGGAAGCAACCUGGAUGGUGGCAACUACCAUGUCUACGAGAACGGCAGUCUGGAAAUCAAGAUGAUCCGCAAAGAGGACCAAGGCAUCUACACCUGUGUUGCCACCAACAUCCUGGGCAAAGCUGAGAACCAGGUCCGCCUGGAGGUCAAAGACCCCACCAGGAUCUACCGCAUGCCUGAGGACCAGGUCGCCAAAAGGGGCACCACGGUGCAGCUGGAGUGUCGCGUGAAGCACGACCCCUCCCUGAAGCUCACAGUGUACUGGCUGAAGGACGACGAGCCCCUCUACGUCGGGAACAGGAUGAAGAAGGAAGAGGACUCCCUGACCAUCUUUGGUGUGGCCGAGCGGGACCAGGGUAGCUACACAUGCGUUGCCAGCACCGAGCUGGACCAAGACCUGGCCAAGGCCUACCUGACCGUGCUAGGACGGCCAGACCGACCCCGGGACCUGGAGCUCACCGACCUGGCCGAGAGGAGCGUGAGACUGACCUGGAUUCCGGGGGACGAUAACAACAGCCCCAUCACAGACUACGUUGUCCAGUUUGAAGAGGACCAGUUCCAGCCAGGGGUCUGGCAUGACCAUUCCAAGUUCCCAGGCAGUGUCAACUCAGCCGUCCUCCAGCUGUCCCCCUAUGUCAACUACCAGUUCCGGGUCAUUGCCAUCAAUGAGGUGGGCAGCAGCCAUCCCAGCCUCCCGUCUGAGCGCUACCGAACCAGUGGAGCACCCCCUGAGUCCAACCCCUCUGAUGUGAAGGGAGAGGGGACCAGAAAGAACAACAUGGAGAUCACGUGGACGCCGAUGAACGCCACCUCCGCCUUUGGCCCCAACCUGCGCUACAUCGUCAAGUGGCGGCGGAGAGAGACCCGAGAGACCUGGAACAAUGUCACUGUGUGGGGCUCCCGCUAUGUGGUGGGGCAGACCCCUGUCUACGUGCCCUAUGAGAUCCGAGUCCAGGCAGAAAAUGACUUUGGGAAGGGCCCUGAACCAGACACUGUCAUCGGUUACUCCGGAGAAGAUUAUCCCAGAGCUGCACCCACUGAUGUUAAAAUCCGAGUCCUGAACAGCACAGCCAUCAGCCUUCAGUGGAACCGCGUCUACUCCGACACGGUCCAGGGCCAGCUCAGAGAGUACCGAGCCUACUACUGGAGGGAGAGCAGCUUGUUGAAGAACCUGUGGGUGUCUCAGAAGAGGCAGCAAGCCGGCUUCCCCGGCGACCGCCUCCGUGGCGUGGUGUCCCGCCUCUUCCCCUACAGUAACUACAAGCUGGAGAUGGCUGUGGUCAAUGGGCGAGGCGAUGGGCCUCGCAGUGAGACCAAGGAGUUCACCACCCCGGAAGGAGUACCCAGUGCCCCCAGGCGUUUCCGAGUCCGGCAGCCCAACCUGGAGACAAUCAACCUGGAAUGGGAUCAUCCAGAGCACCCCAAUGGGAUCCUGACUGGAUACACUCUCAAAUACGUGGCCUUUAAUGGAACCAAAGUAGGAAAGCAGAUAGUGGAAAACUUCUCUCCCAAUCAGACCAAGUUCACGAUGCAAAGAGCAGACCCCGUGUCGCGCUACCGCUUUUCCCUCAGUGCCAGGACGCAGGUGGGCUCUGGGGAAGCAGUCACAGAGGAGUCACCAGCACCCCCGAAUGAAGCUGCUCCAACCGCAGCUCCUCCCACGUCGCCCCCGACCACGGUGGGUGUGACGGGCACGGUGGGCAGUACUGAUGCCACUGCUGCCACCACCGAAGCCACAACAGUCCCCACCAUCCCAACUGUCGCACCCUCCACCGUCGCCACCACCACCGUCGCCACAACUACUACAACCACUGCCGCCGCCACCACCACGGAGAGUCCUCCCACCACCACCAGGACUGAGAUUCAAGAAUCCGCCCCCGAUGAGCAAUCCAUCUGGAACGUCACAGUGCUCCCCAACAGUAAAUGGGCCAACAUCACCUGGAAGCACAAUUUCGGGCCCGGAACUGACUUUGUGGUUGAGUACAUCGACAGCAACCAUACGAAAAAAACUGUCCCUGUUAAGGCCCAGGCCCAGCCCAUACAGCUGACAGACCUCUAUCCCGGUAUGACAUACACGUUGCGAGUUUAUUCCCGGGACAACGAGGGCAUCAGCAGUACCGUCAUCACCUUUAUGACCAGUACAGCCUACACCAACAACCAGGCGGACAUCGCCACCCAGGGCUGGUUCAUUGGGCUCAUGUGUGCCGUCGCCCUCCUGGUGCUGACCCUGCUCAUCGUCUGUUUCAUCAAGAGGAGUCGAGGCGGCAAGUACCCAGUGCGAGAAAAGAAGGAUGUUCCCCUUGGCCCUGAGGACCCCAAAGAAGAGGAUGGCUCCUUUGAUUACAGUGACGAGGACAACAAGCCCUUGCAGGGCAGCCAGACGUCCCUGGAUGGUACCAUCAAGCAACAGGAGAGUGACGACAGCCUGGUGGACUACGGCGAGGGCGGCGAGGGACAGUUCAAUGAGGACGGCUCCUUCAUCGGCCAGUACACAGUCAAAAAGGACAAGGAAGAGACAGAGGGCAACGAAAGCUCAGAGGCCACAUCUCCUGUCAACGCCAUCUAUUCUCUGGCCUAACAGAGCCCCCCAGGCACAGCCACUACCUUGCAAGUAGAAGGAGGGGAGAGGGGGAGACGAGCCACUGCAGACCUACCACGAAGCCGCCACCACCUUCAGGGACAAGGGUACCACAUGGGAGUCUGCCAAGCUGUGAGGACCAGUGACCACCCAGCCAACCGCAAGCCCCCUCUCGAUGACCCCCCCGGGGUGCCACCGGUGGGCGAGCUGGAGCCAUGGCUAAGCUCAGCUGGAGGGAGCCCAGGUCCCUUGCUCAGCCUCACAGCCACCCCCAGCCUCUACCCACACUGCCUGCCCUUGACCUCAACACACACACUCACCAGUUUCUGUUGGUUACGGUACUUACUCAUUGUCUUUAUUUUUGCUUUGUGGGUCUUCUCCUCCAGACCCGACAUCUCCAUUUUCUUUUCCUUUUGAAGAAAUGUCUCUGGAAAAAAAGAAAGAAUAGGUGGAUUCUCCCCCAGGAAACUUCAGAGAUAGGCGAAAAAAGGAUUGAUCCGUAAACGAACAUACAGAAAAGCUAUAGUAUUCAAACCGCAGCUGGGCCAACGUAUUUCCGAAGGAUGCCUUUCUCGCCAGAUGCCUCCCCUGGCCCCCAACAAAUCCACCUCAGCCUUGUCAGUUGCUGAGCUGGGCUUGGCUCCUUUCUGGAAAAUGACAGUAUUUUUGGCAGGGAGAGGGUAAGCAGGCCUCCUUGCCUUGCUCUGGUGCAGUUGGGAGGUGGGCUUACCUCUUGCUCCUGGCUCUUACCCUGCCCCUGCCUCUGGAGUGUCUGAGACGAAAGCUGCAAUGACUGAAGGAGUUUAAGGAACAGGAGCGGGAAGGACUUCAGCUGCAGUGACUGUGUACCUCAAGUAGAGGAAAACCAGGCAUCCGUCCCUAGGGAGCUGUGCCCACCUCGAGAGAGAAGGAAAGGGCUAGGUUUGGACUUCCUGCCUCCCCAUCAGUGAAACUCAGGAUGUGGGAGAGAGGACCACACCCACUGCAUCCAGAGAAGAGGGUGCCUCCCACCUGGUCAGGGUCUGUGCUGCUGCCCUCCAGGAGAUGGACCCCUGCGAUGUGAAGGCUGUGCUGGUGUGCUUGGGGGUGGAAAGCACUGCUCCCCCUUUUGUCUCUAGCAGAUAGCAGCUCCUGUAUGAUGUUGAAACUGGUGUUUUAUGGCGUGUGGAUGGGGCCCUGCUGCCCCCAAGACUGAGCCGGUGUGUCCUUUCCUUAGGGUAUUUACCUAUCAGGAGACCCCCCCCACCACCAACAGUGCUGUAAAGCCUGGCCUGGGAGUGCUCUUCGUAUGCCUUAUGCAGCUCUGACCUGUCCCUGCAGUUCCCAGGUUCCCAGCUCCUCCCUGCAAGCCUUGAAGCCUCCAGUGACGUCAGUCUCAAGGAGAAUGGGGCGGCCUAUGCAAGCAUCACAGCAGAACCAGAAGCAGCCACUCAAAGUGUGCCCCGCAGCCCGUUGCCCCAGAUGGAGACACUCGCAGACCUGCAGUUCUCUGAGACCCAAGGCACUGCCUUCACGCUCCCUACCUAUUCCAUUUUGAAACCAAAGGUACCUAGCCUCAGAGAGAGAAAGAGAGAGAUCUAGAGCCUAAGAGUAACCCUUCAGCUGUUGCUGCAGCUAAAGUCGGUUUCAGGAGGGUGAAGCUGACCCCCAGGAGUGGACCACCUGCCACAGACACAGCCUCUGAUUGGAGCCUCCAGCUUCUUGCCAGGCGACCUGGGCAGGAGCAAGGCUGUGUCCUUCAGAGACAUUAUUAAAGCAUCGUUUGCCACAUGUUUAAGCCGCAAAGGUAUUAGCAAUGCUUGCAUCACUUAAUAAUCAGUCAGUUGAAGGUCAAGCCCAUAGGCACACCUACUCUGUCUGCAGGUGAGAAAAUGUAGCCCAGAGCUGAGCCAGUUAUGUUGUCUGAACCUGAGCGAGUAACUGUCCUUUGGUCCAAGCCGUAGCCAGGUGUGCUGCCCGGAAGCCUGGGGGGAAGCUCUCUCGUGAUGAUGGGGGACAGGGCGAAUAGUAGGGGACUAGGGAGCCAGCUCAGGGGUCCCCUCCCCUGCCUUUCCUCCUCCACCUGCCUGGGUACUGCUGGGCAUUCCUGUAGCCUAGGGAAUGUCAGGGAAGUGUGCCUGUGAGCUGCAUUAAAGGACCGGCCUUUCCAGAAAACACUCUGGAUCUGAGCAGAGCAGUCAGUCUGUCAGGCCCUCAUACCAUAUUGCACAGGACGCACUAGUAAACUCAUUGCACCGGAAGUAAGCUCUUUGGGCAGGAUGGACCGUAAGAUGUCACGCCCGUCCCUCUGCCUCCGGAAAGUCCUCCACACAACUGAUGAUGCGGGAAGGGCUGACAGUCGUGGAACUGAGUCUUGGGACAGAGUGGCAUUGGUUGGCAUUGGUUGGCACUGAGUGCUUAAGCCGCCAGUGGCUCCAGGCUCAAAGGGAAGAGCUUUGGAGCGGGAACUUGGUCCUGAAGACUGGUCAAGACAGGGGCAGUCCUGCUGCCUGAGCCUCUCUUCUCUGCCCCUUGGGCCAAGUUGCUGAACUUGUCUGUAUUUUGGUGCCUCUGUCUCCCCUAGUCAGUCCCUCCUUUGAAAACCUGUCCCCACGUGGGGGCAUGGGCCCAGCUAAAGGAGCGGGGAGGCCAGUGUCUGGGGAGAGCACCACUGCAGGGCUGGGGGACAGCUGCCUCUCACCUUGCCUGGGUCGUUGUGAAUGGGACCCUUCUUUCCUUACCUUGCUUUUGGGGAGAUGGUUGAGUUUCAGCUGAAAAGUAGCCACUUCCCUCGUCCGUUGCCUUCGCCCUGAGGGGUCAGAGGCAUUUGGUCUACCCCCUUCCUGGCAGGUCCCAAGGUCUCAGUCCCAAGGUCCGAGAGGCUGCUGGCGCCAGUACUAAUCACCCCGCAAGGGGACCGCUGCCUGGGCCCAGACAGUGCUUUCAUGGUUUCCGUGCACGCAGUUAGCCCUGGAAAAGGAGUGGGAACAGACCCACAGACAUCUGUGGCUUUUCCAGCUGCUGGACUGCCUCCCUGCACACAGCCGGCAGCCACACCGGCACCCUCACAGCAGACCUAGUGGCAGGCGCCUUUGCAGGGCGGCACUUUCGGGGGAGCAAUCCAGAUUACGACCUUGUCUUGAAGAGGAUGAGUCCAUAGCCAGGCCCGCUGGAGAUGAAAUGUGAAGGGCUGUGUGGGGUGCCGUGCACAACUCAGGGCAGGGGAAGGAGGCUGCCCACGCUGGGCCCCACUUGGGCAAUUCUUGGAGGCAAAACCAAGAGAGACAGAGUCUGAUCCGAAGGAGAGCGAAUUUCCCCCAGGAACAGCACAGGCAGCAGCUUUUUAAGGCUCCUGGGGCUCUUUGCCGUAUCAGAGCCGAGUCACAGAGCAUCCCAAACAGCCCGUGUGACGAGAGCCGUGGGGAUUUCACACACUCUUGCCUCAGUCUUUGCAAGGCUGCUCCACUAACACGCUGAAAAGGCGAGGCUUCCUGGGCUCUCAGCUGGUGGGGCAGGUGUCAGGAAUCACUUCUCAGCGGGAGGGCACAGAGCACACUCCCCGCCCGUGAUACCUCGGUCACCACUGCACCAGCCCCUGCCACACACACACAAGCCCGUGUUGUAGUUCGUUCCACCCAGCUAGGUCCACUGGAAAGAAAUCACCCUGUGGAUCCCAGUUGAUCUUUACAUGGUGGCUUAAGAGUAGCAUAUAGGGAGAUCCCUGAUUAAAAUAGAAAAUCAGAGGAGUCAAACGAACGAAACAAAGAGCUUGAAAUGUCAGGAGGACACUCAGUGCCCCGGGCAGAGCCCAAAUCCUGGGCAGCCCCUCCUUGAAACCAGGCAGGGGCCACCCCAUGGGAGUUCAAGCCAACCUUGUGGCUGUCCCCAGCCUGCCCAGCCCAAGCCAGGGCAGUGCCCUUUCCUUCCCUCCCCUACUAAGAACGGGUUCUGAGAAGGAACAGAGGGAAAGGAGGACAGCUGUCCAGGGAAGCCACCAGACCCCACCACCCAGUAUCUCAAGCCACACCCAAAACCAGUGCCCCUCUAGCAGUACAUUAGUAUUAAAUGGAUGUUUUGUAAUGAUAAGGAUGGAAGUGAAAUAGGUACAAAGCUGUCUAGCUUAAGACAGGAUCAGAUCUCAGCAUGCAGAAGGAUCACAGAGCUGAUCUGAUUGAAAGUACUCAUCGUAAGCUAAAAUCCAGGGAGGUAAAGGGACUUGCCCAAGGUCACACAGCUAGUAAAUCAAGGUGAGGUAGGGCUUGAGCUCAGGCCUUCUGACUCCUUGUUCAGUGUUCUUUCAUCUCACUGCAGCUGCCGCCUUGGGAGCAGUGGUGUUACUUAAGAUCUGGCCUGCUGGUUCACUGUCUCCCACGUCUCUUUCCACGUCUCCCACAUCCCCAUACACCUCCACAGAUGAAAUCAGCGGAUUUUUCUGAGUCCCAGAUCAGCCAGUCUGUGCCAGCCUGUGGUGAACCAGCCGUGCUGUUAAGGGGAGACCCAAGCCAGGAGAAGAGAGUGACGAGCUGAUUGGUGUUUGUCACCAUGAAGCCUAGAGUAUCCCCUAGGGUGGUGUCUCUCGCUUCGUAAUGCAUCGCGCCCCCAGCAUACUGUGUCCCUCGGAAGAGCGACGGCCGCGGGGUGCCGAGGGGCAGCAGGGCCCAUGGAAGCGCCCUCCCCCCCGGGAUUCGCUGGGCUGGAGGUCAGCACGUGUAAAGACUUCAGUGAAGCAAUAAAUACAAAAAUCUGGGAGAAGAAAUCCAGAAUUUUGUGCACUUCUCUGUUUCUUUUUCAAAAAGGAUGCAGAUCAGGUGACCCUGUCCUGCUCUCCUUUCUGAUUCCCAAAUUCGACGUCCUCAGUCAGUGUUGUCCCUCUGCCCAGCUCCCAGCUCUUUGCCAACCUCACAUCCUCCUGCACUGAGCAUCAGUUGUCUGUGGCGUGGCCACCUUCUGUCCUGGUCCCACCCUCACCCAUGCUGGGCCCUGGAGGACCUCUUGCCCUUCACCUCCCUUCAACACACACAUUUUCCAGUUUGUUCCUUUCAGUGGGGAAAUCUUUUCCGAAUGUCUCCAUCCCUUCCCACCUACCCACACACCCACCUACCCACACACCCACAAAUUGGUCUGAUCUUUUCUUCCAUUGGCUAAAUAUUUAACUCACCAUGGCACACCUUGUUUUAACCCCUCUCACAUCGUGUUCUUUCCUUUUUGCGAGUUGUUUUGCAUUAACCAACGUUGUCAGUGACAGAUGCAUAUCUGAGGGUGUCACGCUCGACCUUCAGCAGGGAAGGCUUCUGGGUCGUGAGGACCAUCUAAAUAUGUGGACUUAUAAACGACUGCAUGAGCAAUGAAAAGGCCAAAUUAUUCAGAAUUUUUUUUGAAUCACUGUAAAAAAAAACUGAUUUCUUUUGUAUAGAGAACACUAAACGUAUAAUAAAAGUUGUUC